UUCGUCAGAAAAGUUUGUGAGUGAAGUAUCCAACAUGCGUGGAAUUUUUGUGACUCUGUCGGCGUUCUUGAUGUUAUCUCUGGCAAUUCAGGAAACUAAAGCUUCAAUUUUGGGAGAACUUCUAGAAGGCGUUGCAAAGUUGCAUACUCCUCCACUUGAAUCAACUACCGUAUCAGUUGAUCAAAACUUGAAUUUAACCAAACUUAAUGUUAUAGAAUAUAUUACGGUUUCAGAAGAUUUAAUUAGAGAUCGUUUAGAAAUAUAUAUUGAUAAAUAUGGAAAACGUUUGGGUGAAUUAGCAGGAGACAUAUUGCAAAGUGUUUUAAAUGAUGUAUUAAAAAAACCUGAGCCUGAACCUAAACCUGAACCUGAACCUGAACCUGAACCUGAACCAGAACCUGAGCCUGAGCCUCAGCCUUAGCCUAUAUCUGCACCCUGGUCUGAACCCUAACGAAGUUUUUUAAAUUACAACCGCUGUAAAUCAAUAAACGUAAAAUAUAGCCACCUGUUUAAAUUAUUUCUCGGUGGAAUUUUUCUUAAGAUGAUAAAUAAAGAAUGCUUGUGUACGAUAAAUACUGCAAAACAAGUACUUUUAGAAGAAAUAAAAAAAUAAAAACGCAAAAA